AUGUCGCUCAUCUCAGCCCGUAUUGCCGGCUCAGUAGCCAGGCGUUUGCCCAAUGCAGCUUCGCAGGUAUCGAAGGUCGCGGGUGUCGCGGCACCCGCUGUGGCAGUUGCCUCGCGCAACUUCCAUGUGUCUCCCACCCAGAAGGCCGCCGAAAUCUCCACUAUUUUGGAGGAAAGGAUCCUGGGUGCCGCUCCCAAGGCUGACUUGGAGGAGACUGGCCGUGUAUUGAGCAUUGGUGACGGUAUUGCCCGUGUCUAUGGUCUGAAGAACAUCCAGGCCGAGGAGAUGGUGGAAUUCUCCUCUGGUCUUAAGGGUAUGGCCCUCAACUUGGAGCCUGACAAUGUGGGUGUGGUAGUAUUCGGUAACGACAAGCUGAUCAAGGAAGGAGACAUCGUCAAGCGUACCGGUGCCAUCGUCGACGUCCCCGUCGGUGAACAGCUGCUCGGUCGCGUAGUCGACGCUCUGGGUAACGCCAUCGACGGCAAGGGCCCCGUUGACACCAAGACCCGUAUGCGUGUCGGUAUCAAGGCUCCCGGUAUCAUCCCCCGUGUGUCUGUGCGCGAGCCUAUGCAGACUGGUAUCAAGGCCGUCGACUCUCUGGUACCUAUUGGUCGUGGACAGCGUGAGCUGAUCAUUGGUGACCGUCAGACUGGCAAGACUGCCCUGGCCAUCGACACCAUCAUCAACCAGCAGCGUUUCAACAAGGGACAGGAUGAGAAGAAGAAGCUGUACUGUAUCUACGUCGCCAUUGGACAGAAGAGGUCCACCGUCGCUCAGAUCGUGAAGAGGUUGACUGACGCUGGUGCCAUCAACUACACCAUCAUUGUGUCCGCCACCGCCUCCGACGCCGCUCCCCUGCAGUACCUGGCUCCCUACUCUGGCUGCGCCAUGGGAGAGUUCUUCCGUGACAACGGCAAGCACGCCCUCAUCAUCUACGACGACUUGUCCAAGCAGGCUGUUGCCUACCGUCAGAUGUCUCUGCUGCUGCGUCGUCCCCCGGGUCGUGAGGCCUACCCCGGUGAUGUGUUCUACCUCCACUCUCGUCUGCUCGAGCGUGCCGCUAAGAUGUCCGACAAGAUGGGUGGUGGUUCCCUGACCGCCCUGCCCGUCAUCGAGACCCAGGCUGGUGACGUAUCUGCCUACAUUCCCACCAACGUGAUUUCCAUUACUGACGGUCAGAUCUUCUUAGAGACUGAGCUCUUCUACAAGGGUAUCCGUCCCGCCAUCAACGUCGGUCUGUCUGUAUCCCGUGUAGGAUCUGCUGCCCAAACCAAGGCCAUGAAACAGGUGGCUGGUUCCAUGAAGCUGGAGUUGGCCCAGUACCGUGAGGUCGCUGCUUUCGCUCAGUUCGGUUCCGACUUGGACGCCGCCACCCAGCAACUGCUGAACCGUGGUAUGCGUCUGACUGAGCUGCUGAAGCAGGGACAAUAUGUGCCCAUGGCCAUUGAGGAACAGGUCGCCAUCAUCUACUGUGGUGUCCGUGGUCACCUCGACAAACUUGACCCCAGCAAGAUCACUGGCUUCGAGAAGGAGUUCACCCAGCACAUCAAGACCAGCCACCAGAGCCUGUUGUCUACCAUCGCCAAGGACGGUCAGAUCACCCCAGAGUCUGACGCCGCCCUCAAGAAGAUCGUUACAGACUUCCUCGCUACCUUCACCCAGGCGGCGCAAUAG